GACCCCUCCAUCCCUCGAAGGAUCUUUACUCGCUCAUCUCCAUCUUGUCUAGCAGCUGUUGAGAGCACCAUAGCUUUCUCCGAUCUUUAUAACUGCCAUUAGUUGACCGCAAUGGAUUUCCCAAAAGAAGAGGAGAGGAUCCUUGAGUUUUGGAGGGAGAUUGAUGCCUUCAGAACUUCCGUUAAGCUAUCAGAAGGAAGGCCACCCUACUCGUUUUACGAUGGCCCUCCAUUCUGUACUGGUCUUCCACAUUACGGACAUCUCCUCGCGAGCACUAUCAAAGAUAUCGUUCCUCGAUACUGGCAUAUGAAAGGCCACUAUGUCGAGCGGCGGUUUGGAUGGGAUACCCACGGCUUGCCAAUUGAACACGAAAUCGACAAAAGGCUUGGUAUUACGUCGAAAGAGGAUGUCCUUAAAAUGGGAAUGGAAAAAUACAACGAGGAGUGCAAAGCUAUCGUCAUGAGAUACUCUACCGAGUGGAGGCAAACCAUUGACAGGUUAGGUCGGUGGAUUGAUUUCGACAACGAUUACAAGAGCAUGUACCCAACAUUUAUGGAAUCAAUAUGGUGGGUCUGUAAGCAACUCUUUGUGAAAGACCAGGUAUAUCUAGGAUAUAGGGUUAUGCCAUAUUCUACCGCUUGCACAACACCCCUUUCGAAUUUCGAAGCUCAGCAGAACUACAAAGAUGUCCAGGACCCUGCGGUUGUAGUUACUUUCCCGCUUUUGGAUGACCCGACUACAGAGCUACUUGCCUGGACGACGACUCCUUGGACUCUCCCUUCACAUACCGGAAUUGCGGUUCAUCCGGAUUUCGAGUACAUCAAGAUUAGUGAUCGAGCUUCUGGCAGAAAUUACAUCCUUCUCGAGUCGUGUCUUAAGACAUUAUACGGAGAGAAGGGGUUGAAAAAGGCGAAAUACACCAUCUUGGAGAAGAUCAAAGGGAAGGACAUGCUAGGGUGGAAAUAUGAACCUCUGUUUGACUACUUUUACGAACAAUUCAAGGAUUACGGAUUCAAGGUUUUGAACGCAACAUAUGUUACGUCAGAUAGCGGAACAGGACUAGUACAUCAGGCACCCGCUUUCGGCGAGGAGGACUACUCGGUCGCCAUGGAAGCGGGCGUUAUCAAUGAGACAAGACCUCCUCCGAACCCUGUCAACGAGGCUGGUAUUUUCACAAGUGAAGUCCGAGAAUUUGCCGGACUUCAUGUAAAGGCCGCAGAUAAGGGGAUCAUCAAGCAUCUCAAGGAAAAGAAGCGACUUAUUGUAGACAGCCAAAUUACCCAUAGUUAUCCUUUUUGUUGGCGUUCUGACACCCCCUUAAUUUACCGUGCUGUACCUGCCUGGUUCGUCCGCAUCCCUAAUAUCAUUCCCAAGAUGCUGGAAAACAUCGAGGGCUCGCAUUGGGUGCCGACAAACGUCAAAGAAAACAGAUUCGGUAACUGGAUUCAAAAUGCAAGAGACUGGAACAUCUCUCGUAACCGUUACUGGGGCACACCCAUUCCUAUCUGGAUGUCUGAUGACAAAGAAGAGAUGGUGUGUAUCGGAAGUGUCGAAGAAUUGAGGGAACUCAGUGGCUGUGGGGAAAUCCCGGAUCUUCACAGGGAUAAGAUUGAUCACAUUACCAUUCCCAGUAAGAAAGGGAAAGGUGUUCUGCGAAGAGUUGAGGAGGUUUUUGAUUGUUGGUUUGAGUCAGGAAGCAUGCCAUAUGCCAGUAGCCACUACCCGUUUGAGAACAAAGAUCAGUUUGAAAAGGCUUUUCCAGCAGACUUCAUUGCGGAGGGGUUGGAUCAAACACGUGGCUGGUUUUAUACUCUCCUUGUUCUCGGUACCCAUCUCUUUGGCGUAUCGCCGUUCCAGAAUUGUAUAGUCAAUGGUAUCGUGUUGGCUGAAGAUGGCAAGAAGAUGUCCAAACGUCUCAAGAAUUACCCAGACCCGACACUGGUUAUGGAUAAGUAUGGGUCAGACGCCCUCCGACUUUACCUUAUCAAUUCGCCUGUCGUCAGGGCUAUGCCACUGAGAUUUAAGGAAGUUGGUGUUAAAGACGUUGUUACCAAAGUCUUAUUGCCACUAUGGAAUAGUUAUAACUUCUUUGAGCAGCAGUCCCAGCUUCUGAAGAAGCUCGAAGGUGUUGACUUCAUAUUCAAUCCCGAGUCAGGUGGGAGCAAGAACGUUAUGGAUAGGUGGAUUCUAGCCAAUUGCCAGAGCUAUCUCAAAUUCGUGAACCAAGAGAUGAAGGGUUACCGACUUUACACUGUUGUUGGGAGAAUGCUUGAGAUGGUCGAUAAUACUACAAAUUGGUAUAUCCGGUUCAACAGGAAGCGUCUCAAGGGCGAGUACGGAACAGAGGACACUUUGCAUGCCUUGAAUUCCCUCUUUGAGGUUCUUUUCACUCUUGUCCGCGGAAUGGCUCCAUUUGCACCGUUCCUCACAGACAACAUCUACCACCGUCUCAAGCCCCACAUCCCCGACUCCAUGUUGCCUGAAGAUGCACGAAGUGUGCAUUUCUUAAGUUUCCCAGAGGUUCGGGAGGAGCUAUUUGACGAGGAGGUUGAACGGAGAUUCGGAAGGAUGCAAAGGGUUAUCGAACUAGCUCGUACAUCGAGAGAGCGAAAGGCAAUUGGGCUUAAGACACCUUUGAAAACACUUGUUGUCAUCCAUCCCGACCAGACAUAUCUUGAUGAUGUCAAAUCUCUAGAGUCUUAUAUUACCUCUGAGCUAAACGUCCGAGAUUUGGUCCUCUCAGCAGACGAGGAGAAGUACGGCGUCCAGUACAAGGUCACCGCAGACUGGCCCGUUCUCGGAAAGAAGCUAAAGAAGGACCUCAUUAAGGUCAAGAACGCACUUCCUUCCAUUACCAGCGCGGAGGUCAAGGGGUUUGUCCAAGAAAAGAAGAUUGUUGUUGGGGGCAUCACACUUAUCGAGGAGGACCUCGUCGUCAGUCGUGGCCUCAGCGGCUCCGACACAUCUCAGGACUUCGAAACAAACACCGACAACGACGUCCUCACCAUCCUGGACACAGUCCUCCACAAAGACCUCCGGAAUGAAGGCCUUGCCAGAGAGAUUGUCAACCGUGUACAGAGACUUAGGAAGAAGGCUGGCCUCCUUCCAACCGAUGACAUCAAGAUGGAGUACAAGGUCCUUCAAGACCCGAUCGGGCUAGAAGAGGUGUUCCUCGAGCACGCCGACACUUUUGAGAAAGCUCUUCGCAGACCCCUGGAUAAGGCUACCAUCACCCAAGUUGGCGAGGUCCAACCCGGGGAGAAUCUAGAUAAGAUGAUUCUGGAGGAAACUCAGGAGGUCGGGGAGGCUACCUUCAUGCUUAGGUUGCUUAAGCUUUAGUUGCGCUGUGUGGGGCUGCUUGCACGAGGCACUUUUCUUUUACUUGUUUACUCUUUUACCCAUUCUUCUAUAUAAGGUAGAACUGAGAAAAUAAAU